AGGAGCACCAACUUCUCAUUUCCCAUAUCAGUUCAUGUAGAACGAGCCGGAGCAUCAUUCGGAGUCUGAGGUCAAACAUCUGGCUGUUUUGAAGAUCAACAUGUCAGUGAUGGGAAGUUGGCCUCUGUUCUUUCUACAGAGCUUCCUCAUCUUACUUCCGUCUGUCCUGCUUCCUUUUAACCCCUUGCUGGCUUUCUCACUAAAAAACUGCACUGCUGACAACAAUGUGACUUGGGUAGAAUGCGCAGAUCGUGACCUCACUGGGGUUCCUGAUGACAUUCUCAUAACUGUAGUAACUCUAGAUCUCAACUUCAAUCACAUCUCAAAGAUAAACAGGACAGAUUUCAGCCGUUUUUCAAAGCUUGGGUAUUUAAAAAUUGCAAAUAACUUGAUUUCACAUGUAGAUGAUGGAGCUUUUGCAGAGGUGGAGUUAAUAGAGCUUGACAUGGGUUCAAACAACCUCAUAAACCUGACGAACUAUAUGUUUCAGGGACUGUGGAAGUUAAUUUUUUUGUCAGUGGAGAAAAACCAUAUCACAUACAUCUCCCCUCUGGCCUUUCAGUCCCUGAUCAGCUUACAGACAUUACAGCUGACAUAUAACAACCUACAUCAAAUAACCGACAUUGUGCCCAUCUUACAACUACCAAACUUGAAUGAUCUGCUCGCUGAUUUUAACAGUCUCACUUCCUUUCAGUCAGAUGACAUGCCUUUUAAUAAAUCAAACCUCAGGACACUGUGGCUAUGUAGUGAUUCAAUGAAAAAGUUCAGCAUUACAAGAGACGUUUUUCCCCAUCUUCAGUCUAUCCAUUUAAAUGCUAACACUGGCUUUGAGUGGGAUGUACCAGACCCAAUGUUUCUGAGGAGCCUGACUACUUUGGAGUUAUCUGUAUCUGACAAUAGUUGUGAGAUGUACCAAGUGAUGCUGAAGAGUGCCGAGUCAGUGCGGGAACUGUCACUCCUCUUUUGGCACCAUGACCGAGAAAGAGAUCUGGUAGACAUCGCCUGCCAAAUGACUGCUCUGACAAGUCUUCAUUUGAGUGGAAUUAGCUUUGUCAGUAUAAACAAGACAUUUCUUCAAUCUUGCACUGAAAUUACUGAGCUUGAUUUAUCAUAUAAUUAUUUGGAAGAGCUGUCCGAGUUUUCCCUCGGAUCAAUAAAACAGCUCAGACGCCUGGACUUAGUGAGAAACUCCCUGUCUAGAGUGCCACAGGGUGUCAGAGGCCUCUCCACACUUGAAAUCCUAGAUCUGAGUGUGAAUUUCAUCAGUGAGUUAGACUGCUCUGACUUUCAAAAUUUGACAAAACUAGUAGAACUCAAUCUCAGCCAAAAUCGCAUUUCAACACUCAAGGGAUGUGUUUUUCAAGAUCUGAAUGAUUUGAAAGUCCUGAACGUUGCAGAAAAUGGAGUUCAUUUACUUGUUGAUUUCUUCAAAUUGAAUAUACAGAAACUAGAAGUUUUGGAUUUGAACAUGAAUACUUUGAUGCAGCUCAAAACAGAUGACUUUAAGAAUAUGUCUUCCCUCAGGUCUCUGUAUUUAGAAUCAGAUACAUUUUACGUUGCCCAUAAGGGGGCUUUUGAAGGACUGGACAAUCUUCAAAAUCUUUCAGUUACACCAUUUUUUGGUGAAAUGGAUUACAUUACAAAGGUUUUUACAGGACUGCAACACCUAGAAAACCUCAAAAUACAUCUCACGUCUUCAUAUGACAGCAAGAGUUCUCGUCAAAAAAAUGAGACACAUUUACCCAUUUUCCCAUUACCUUUCUUGAAGAGUCUACUGAUACAAAAUUAUGAUUGGUAUCAUGAAAUCUCACCUGAUUUUCUGACAGGUCUGAAUUCUUUAGAUUACUUUGGAGCGGAGAAAUUAUUUACAGAGUCACCUCACCCAGACACAUUCAAAUACACUCCCCUCCUGACAAGUCUUCACAUAUUUCAAAGUGAUCUGCAAGUCUUAAACCCUGAAGUGCUUCAGCCAAUCCUCAACCUGCAGGCUCUCGACCUUUCCAAAAACAAGCUCAGAUCUCUGGAUUUUCUAGCCCAGGUCAACCUCUCUGCACUCAGAGUGUUGACAGUUAGAGACAAUGAAUUGACCGUGAUCAACGACAUGGUCUUUCAGUCUCUCCCUGCACUGACAUACCUGGACCUGACUGGUAACCCUUUCACUUGUAACUGCUCUAACACUGGCUUUAUCCAAUGGGUGAAGAACAACAACCAAACACAGGUUGUUAAUGCCUACCAGUACACUUGUACCUUUCCUGUAGCUAAACAAGGAACAAAGUUGCUGGACUUUGACGUCCAGUCCUGUUGGAUGGACGUUAGCUUCCUCUGCUUCAUUUCUAGCUUUUGCCUGACGCUGAUGACUCUCCUCACAUCCUUCAUCUACCACUUUCUGAGGUGGCAGCUAGCCUACACCUACUACCUCUUCCUGGCCUUCCUCUACGACAGCAGGAAGAGGAAGAAGGGCGCUCCUCAUCACUACGAUGCUUUCAUCUCCUACAACGUUCAUGACGAGGACUGGGUUUACAGAGAGAUGCUUCCAGUGCUGGAGGGAGAGCAGGGCUGGAGACUCUGUCUGCACCACAGAGACUUCCAACCAGGUAAACCCAUCAUAGACAACAUAACAGACGCCAUAUACGGCAGCAGGAAGACCAUCUGUGUGAUCACCCGGCGCUACCUGCAGAGCGAAUGGUGCUCAAGAGAGAUCCAGAUGGCCAGCUUCCGUCUGUUUGACGAGCAGAAGGACGUGUUGAUCCUGCUGUUCCUGGAGGAGAUCCCAGCCUAUCAGCUGUCUCCAUACCACCGCAUGAGGAAGCUGGUGAAGAGGCACACCUACCUGAGCUGGCCGCAGGCCAGCCAACACACAGGAGUCUUCUGGCAGAACGUAUGGAGAGCUCUGGAGACAGGGGAAGCUCCCAUCGAGACCAACAACCUGCUGACUGGAUGCUGAGAAUAUCACUGGACCACAGUCCCAACAGAGAGCGUCUGUGGAGCCUCACAGAACUCAUUUUCCUCUUCAGGAACUGAAACACACAACAUUUAUCUGUAGUCUAUUGUUCUGCUUUUGCUUCCUCCAUCUACUGCCACUUUAGGAGCAAGUUCCUCCUUACCCGAAAUUUCAGGAAAUGAUACAAAACCAAGUCUGGGUAUCCUCAGGGGGGAAAGGCUGUAACUCUGGUAAUUAAUAAUGCAGGACAUGUGUUAGAAAUUGUUGUUUUAAUUUACAGACAAUAUUCUGAUUCAGAAAAUCUGACUUGUGUUUGACUUAUGUUCUCCAUCUGUAAGUUCUAGCACAGAGUUGAGGAGUACAUUCUUUUCAAAUUAAAUCUCCCAGUAACCUUUAGGUAUUUUUAAAACCAUGUUUCCAUUAGUGAAAUAUUUUCACUCAGUAGCAGGGCAUCAUCAUAUUUUACUAAAGCUUCGGAAUUUCCGCUGUUAGUCCUGUUGUACAGCAUGUCUUAAAAAUGUCAUACCUGCACUUGCAAUUGAAAUCUUUGAGUUCAAGAAAAUUAAAAUGUUUUAACGUGCUGAUUUUUUUUUAGAUCUUUUUAAACACUGUUAAACUCAAUAAAAUGUGAAUUGUUUACUUGUGAGAUGGACAAGAGUUACAGUACACUGAAGACUUAAAGCUCCCGUGUGUAUUUAGGAGGAUAUACUGGCAGAAAUUAAGUCUAUUUUCUUUAGUGUAUAAUCACCUGAAAAUAAGAAUCAUUGUGUUUUUGUUACCAUGGAAUGAGCUGUUUACAUCUGCAUAGGGAACAGGUCCUUGUCUGCAGAGACUGCCAUGUUGCACCACCACGUUUCUACAGUAGCCCACAAUGGACUAACCAAACACUGGCUCUAGACAGGGACAUUUGUGUUUUUGCAUCACCGACUAUAGGUAGAAGCCCCUCCACCAUAAAAGCUUGAGAAAAACAGAUUGUCAUGAAACUGUUUUACUGAUUUAAAUCACCUGAUUUGUUUAAGAUGAAGAGACCGCUGUGGAUAAUUCAGAUCCUGGUAAAAACCUCCUGAACAAUGACCACUGAAGGAAUUCUAACCAGGAGAAGUUUCAGGUUUUAUUCUGCAAUCUUCACCACUGGACGCCACUAAAUCCCCCUAAAUCUGGCACACUGAAUCUUUAAAGCGAUUACGUGUUGUUUGAAGCACUUAAAGGGUUUGAAGUGUUUGAGUGUAAGCACUGAGUUGUCAGUUUAAGUGUAAUGUUGUGUUCACACCAAAUACAAAGUGAAUUUUCAGUUUGUGUUACUCCCAUACGGCUGCAGGAGUUUUUUUGGAGUUGAUGCAACUAGCAAAUAUUUGCACUAACAGCCAACAGUUGUGCCAAUUAAGUGGGGAAGGAAUGGAGCUAUAAUGGGGCCAAAUGUUUUGUACUUCAAAAAAUUUAAUUUGAAACUGAAAAUUCAAGUUUUGAUCUUGAAUUCUGAAAAAUACAUCAAUGUAUUCAAAAUAGGGGGUGGGGUCACCUAUUGCUUGAACAGUGCCCUGAUAUUUCUUGACGAUACUGGAAAUAAGAGGUGUCCCUCAGUGUAAUUUCAAGUUAAAAUAAAGCUUGAAUUAAUGAAUAUCUGCCCUACACCUCAAAGAAAUAUGAAGUUAAAGUUACUUUUACUGUAAUUAAAGGUUAAGUUAAUUACAGGUACAGUUUAGGCCAUCAAAUUAAUUGAGAAAUUUUGCAUAGAAACAAUAAAGAUUGUACAAUAAAGCAAAAUGUGUA